UUAGGUUGGACAUACUGAUACUUGACAUUGACAACUGAUAUAUCUAACUGGCAUUUUUAGGCAUUUGUCAUUUGGCCGGUUGUAAAUAUUGAAGUGGCGUCCGCUCAAAAUAUUUUUACAUAAAUAUUAAUUUUAUUACUUAAUUAAACCAUAAUAUUGAUUGCUUUCAUUUUUGGAGAAAGGAGAGGUUGCUAUGGCUUCCAAGUAUUGGGGUGAAAUAAUAACUGAGCCACAAGUUAAUGAUUUGUUCAUUCCUGAUGUUACAGCAGAUAUAGAAAAAUCCAUGGAUAAAUUUUGUUUAGCAGAAUACGAAGAUGAUGGAGAUAGAGAAAAAGUAGAUAACCUAGUUUUACCUCCUUUAGACCCUUUGGUAACUUAUGCAAUAUCUUUACAUAAAUAUGCGAAUGAUAUGACAGAAAUGAUAAGAGUGGCAGAACUUGCCACUGAAACUAAUUUAAUACCACCUGAAGAUGCUGCUCCACCAAUGCCAAUAAUGCCAGAUAUUCACAUUAAACAUAAACCAAAUAGCCUUAACUUUAUCCCUAAAGAGUUAACAGACUUUGGUUGUGGUGCUGAAGUUGAAAUACCUGAAUUAAGUGAAGCAGUUGUUAAAAAAUUAUUGACAAAAUGUAUAGUUACUAUGUUUGCUCAUAUUGGAUAUGAAACAACUCAUCAAAGUGUUUUAGACCUGAUGACUGAUGUAUUAGAAUCAUUUUUACAAAAAUUUUGUAGUAAGGUUGUCAAAGCAAUUGAAGAAAAUGAAAAAGGAGAUAUAUCAAGAUUCACAAAUAUCAUUGAAAAGGUGCUUACAGAAACAGGAAUGGGCGGUGUAAAAGGAUUACAUGAUUAUUAUCAGAACAGAGUUGUCAAAUAUAUAAACGUGCUUAAGAAAAGGUGUAAAGAAUUAAAUGAUCAUUAUGCAGUUCUUCUAAUACCUAAAAGUCCACCACCACCUGUAAAAUUUAGCUAUUUUGUCAGAGCAAAAGUAGAAGAUGAUGCUGAUGCUAAAGAAUCAGACAAUCCAGAAUUUCAUUUUUCAUCUUUUGAAGGGGAUUCAUCUGUGUUAGAAUCAGGUCUACAGCUUUUGCAUAGUUUAGAAGCAGAAGAGAAGUACGUAACUUUACAAACGUUAGAAGAAGGAAUGGAAGAUUCUAUAACAUCUGCUUCUCCUGGAGUCGUUACUAUGCCUCCUGAAGGAGAUAUGUCUAAUUUGGCGCCGUUUAUAAAGAAGAAGAGGUUUAAAUAAAACAAGAUUGUGAAUUUAUAUGUAAG